CGAGGGUUGGGACCUCCGGCUUGAGCUCCGCCUGGGCCAGAAGUAAGACCGCAGGCGACGUAUACGUGGUCGCCGGCCCGCCGCCGCAGAGCCCGCCGAUCCGCUGCCCUCCUCGCACCGCCGCGAUGCGCUCCCACCGCUUAGAGCUGUUCUCUGUCGUGGCGCUGCUUCUCUCCACGGCCCGUCUCGCCGCUGCCUCCGACGUGCUGGAGCUCACGGACGACACCUUCGAGAGCCGCGUCUCCGACACGGGCUCCGCGGGCCUCAUGCUGGUGGAGUUCUUUGCACCCUGGCUCGGGAGCGGUCGGGCCUGCGUAGCCGCGCGCCCUCAGCCAUCCUGGCCGGCCUGUUCCCGGCCCCAGGAGCCCGAGGUGUCGCGCCCGAGCGGAGCGAGGUCCGAGAUGGAGCCGGAAGGCUCGGCGCAGGGCCGCAUCAUCGCGGUUGAUUGCACGGCGAACACAAACACCUGUAAUAAGUAUGGCGUCACUGGCUAUCCAACCUUGAAGAUAUUUAGGGAUGGUGAAGAAGCAGGGGCUUAUGACGGGCCUAGGACUGCUGAUGGAAUUGUCAGCCACCUGAAGAAGCAGUCAGGACCAGCUUCAGUUCCUCUCAGGACUGAGGAAGAAUUUAAGAAGUUCAUUAGUGACAAAGAUGCCUCUGUGGUAGGGUUUUUCAGGGAUUUGUUCAGUGAAGCACACUCUGAGUUCCUAAAGGCAGCCAGCAACUUUCGGGACAGCUACCGAUUCGCCCACACCAAUGUUGAAUCUCUGGUGAAGGAAUAUGAUGACAAUGGAGAAGGUAUCACUUUAUUUCGUCCUUCACAUCUUGCUAACAAGUUUGAGGACAAAACCGUGGCAUAUACAGAGCAGAAAAUGACAAGUGGCAAAAUUAAAAAGUUUAUCCAGGAAAACAUUUUUGGUAUCUGUCCUCAUAUGACAGAAGACAAUAAAGACUUGAUACAGGGCAAGGACUUGCUCAUAGCUUACUACGAUGUGGACUAUGAGAAGAACACUAAAGGUUCCAACUACUGGAGAAACAGGGUGAUGAUGGUGGCAAAAAAAUUCCUGGAUGCCGGACACAAACUCAACUUUGCAGUGGCUAGCCGCAAAACCUUCAGCCACGAGCUGUCUGAUUUUGGCUUGGAGAGCAGUACUGGAGAGAUUCCUGUUGUUGCUAUCAGAACUGCUAAAGGAGAGAAGUUUGUCAUGCAAGAGGAGUUCUCGCGGGAUGGCAAGGCUCUGGAGAGGUUCCUGCAGGAUUACUUUGAUGGCAACCUGAAGAGAUACUUGAAGUCUGAGCCUAUCCCUGAGAGCAAUGAUGGGCCUGUAAAGGUAGUAGUAGCAGAGAAUUUUGAUGAAAUAGUGAAUAAUGAAAAUAAAGAUGUACUGAUUGAAUUUUAUGCUCCUUGGUGUGGUCACUGUAAGAAUCUGGAGCCCAAAUACAAAGAACUAGGAGAGAAGCUCAGCAAAGACCCGAACAUUGUCAUAGCCAAGAUGGAUGCCACAGCCAAUGAUGUGCCUUCUCCAUAUGAAGUCAGAGGUUUUCCCACCAUCUAUUUCUCUCCAGCCAAUCAGAAGCAAAGUCCAAAGAAGUAUGAAGGUGGCCGUGAAUUAAGUGAUUUUAUUAGCUAUCUACAACGAGAAGCUACAAAUCCCCCUAUAAUUCAAGAAGAAAAACCCAAGAAGAAGAAGAAAGCACAGGAGGAUCUCUAAAGCAACAGCCAAAUGUACCACUUGUGAACGGACUCUUCUACCAGAGAUGGGAAGCCCUUGGAGGGUACUGGGACCCAUGAAGAAUCAUUACCUCAGCCGAGGACAGAACGGAUAUAACCCGAAUCCUGUUAGAUUUUCUCAAAACUGUUUCUUAGCUGCACUGUUACCAGGACCAGUUUAUGUUUGUGGUUUUGGGAAAAUUAUUUGUGUCAUGGGGGUGGGGGGAAUUGAGUUGGGUUUUGUUUUGGUUUUUUGUUUGCUUUUGUACAUUUGGAACAGUGACAAUAAAUAAGCCCCCUUUAAA